AUGGAGUCAACGUUACAAGACACAGAGCCCACAGAGGAAGUUUUCGUGAAAGCUGAACCCUCUGAGGAGUGUGUACAACUUGUACAAGACGAGCCCUCAUGCGAUGUGUCUAUAAAAAUCGAGCCGUAUGUAAAGGACGAGCCUUUACAGAAAGUGUCUAUAGAAAUCGAGUUAGCAUUGGAAAAUGGCUGUGUAAAACAGGAGGCUUCAAAGACGGCUAGUACGGCGGCGGGGAACGAACACGAGAAUAAUGAGCUGGUACCUGAACCUGUGCGCGGUUCCGAGCCAGCGGUGGAGCGGCGCGUUGCUACCCAAGGGUCCCAAGGGCAAACUCCAAAGAAGGAAUUAAGUGGAAAACCAAAAAUUUUCAAAUGUGCUCACUGUGAAUAUGAAACUGUCAAUCUACUCGGGUUAAUAAGACACACAAAGAAACAUUGCGAUAAUGAUAAGAAAUCUAACAAGAAAAGUUGUUUAGGAGUCCAAAAAAGAAAUCAGACUGUGGAGACAUUCAAAUGUGGACAUGACUUACUGAAACAUAAAAUAGUACACAACAAACCAGGCAACCCUCAAAAGGAUUUGCAAGCGCUUGAAAGAGAAGAUACUAAAGAAAAGUCAUACAAAUGCAGCUAUUGCAGUGAAGCUUUCUUAGGAGAAUUUAAGUUGAAGCAUCAUGAACGGAUACAUGAUGAGAAGCUGAAUAAGCCUAUCCGGGAGCAUAGAGAAAUAUAG